AUGGUAACGGCAGAACUUCUCUUUGAUGCUAACUUUGAGUCCGGGAACCUCUCUACAACUGAACGCAUAGACGAUACAGAGUACAACGUUUUUAUCAAGCCGGACUUCAACCUGAAGGUGCGCUUUUGGUUUUACUUUAGAGUGGCUAACAUAACACCGAAAUUGCCGUACAUCUUUCACGUCCUUAGCUUUUCCAAAGGAAAGACCACCUUCUUGUCGGAGCAAACACCCCUAGUUCGGUCAACAUCCCGCAACAAAUGGGAGCGGAUCCCCCGGAACCAGUGUUUUUACUAUGCAUCAUCCAAGCAUAAGUGCUACACUAACAACCCUGUGCUCAGUUUUGUUUUCCAGUUUGACAAGAUAGAGGACUACUUCUUUGCGUUUUCUUAUCCCUUUACCUAUUCUAUGUUAACUAAGUUUAAUAGCAGAUUGAUCAACCAUAAGCUUCCGUUUAUCCGGCUCUUCAACAUUGGCAAAACGUAUAAUGGAAAUGACUUCCCCAUUCUAGUGAUCAAUCAAGACAUUGAACGAAUUCUCAAUUGUUCUCCAGUAUCUACCGCCGCUGCCAACGCAUCCCUCCCCUCUGAGGUUCGAGAUAAGCGGAUCGUUUGGGUCUCUGCUCGAGUGCACCCUGGAGAGGUCCCUUCCUCGUAUAUUCUCCACGGCCUGCUAGAGUUUCUGAUCUCUAAUAGUCCAGUUGCGAAGUUUCUGCGCAGCAAAAUCGUCUUUGUUCUUAUACCAAUGGUCAACAUCGAUGGCGUGAUGGCUGGGUUCUAUCGCGGCAGUGCAGCAGGCGUGGACUUAAACCGGACAUACUACAACCCGGACUCAAAACAGCAUCCGGAAACAUACAUGAUGAGAUGUCUCUACUAUGAGCUUAUCGUACGUGGAAAUAUGCGGCCGUACAAAGCUCUUACAGGGGAUGCACGUGGCGGCUCAGCCUCUCCCAUGUUAGCUAACUCUCAAGAGCCCUCAGAAGAACUGGAUUUAUCGUUUGUUAGUCCACAGAAACUUGAGUCUGUUUUUGAAACCAAUCCUCUUAAUAGAAUACUUUUAAAGAAGUCUAUUGUACUAGAUUUAUACAACAAUCAAACCGAGAAGCUUUUUAAUACAGGUGCCAGUCCUACCGGGUUUGCAGCUAGUGUGAGCAAUACUGAUUUUGCUGGCAAUCCUGUUAAUUCUACCAGUAAUAGCACCCCAACAGACAGAUCACUGGAGCCGGUGCCUGAGACUUCAGAGACAUCCUACGAUACCGACAUAGCCUCAAUUUCUAGGACCAGUUCUCGAUCUAAUUACGGCACGGGGUAUCCUGAGCAGCUACUCUAUAAGGUUUCCGAGAUUUCUAAUCAAGAGGCAGGAGACCUUCCUCCAUCUGGCAAACAGCGAAGCACGAAAAAUCUGGCGCCCAUAAUUAGUAAGCCUUCAGUCCCCUACCAGUUUCCUGCGCAACUUACCAACUUCUUAUCGCAGGGAUACAACCUUGAUUUUGUUAUCGAUCUUCAUUCCCAUAGCAACAUAUCUGGGGGCUUUCUGUUCGUAAACCCAGACUGUUAUGCAUUCAACAAGGUGAAGCGCACAUCCUGCGAACUUGUCUUUCCGCUGAUGCUUGCACAGAACUGUGCCACCUUCGGCGCGCUAAAUAAAUCCUUUAAAAGCUCCAAGGAUAGGAGAGAGGGUAGCCUUCGGCGAGCGUUCAUGAAUCUUGGCAAGGCCUACGCCUUUGACAAUUCUCCCUACGUAUACUGCUUAGAGGUAUCCAACAGUCAUGGACCAGAUCCAGCCAAAGCAGGAAAGCUCCAACAAGUUCAGUUAAUUGGCAACGAACCGAACAAUGAUAAUGUUGAAAGCGAUGACCUUUCUGCUUCUAUUGACACAGAUGAGACAGAUAGGAUCCUCUAUACUCCAAGCUCAUGGAUGAACAUAGGUGAGAAGUUAUGCCAGACGUUGUAUGAGUUGUAUUCGGCAAAUGACCGAGAGCAUGCCGGUAUUGGCGUUGCCUAG